AUGUCUUCGUCCACCGAAGGUGAUAGACUCAUCUGCCCCGAGUGUCGAGGCUACUGCGACGUUUCAGACAACUGUCCCACGUGUACUGCCGCUGAACCGGCUAUGCUCAAGGCGGAAAUCUCCGAUUCGCAGGACGACACUGCUUUGAAGAUGGCUCCGUCUGCUGAAGAUUCCCCCCAGCAGGAUAAUUCCGACGCUUCAUCUGCCACAGCCAAGGCACCCUCGGCUCCUCAGUCCCCUUCUGCUCCCCAAACGCCCCAAGCUCCGCCUCCCCCUCCUGCCGCUCCAAAGAAAACCUCCAAGACUGUCAAGAAGUCCAAGAAGAUGGAAUCUUCCAGCUCUUCCAGUAACAGCCCACAGAAGGAGAAGUUGACGCCGGCCUGUGCGUCAUGCAAAAAAGCAAAGAGACGGUGCGUGCAUCGCAGCGUUAUUCCAGACGCGGAAGGACAAGGGACUUCCCAGCCCCCCAAGAAGCGCAAGCAGACUGCUGAAUCAGGGGCCAAUCCUAAGAGGGCCCGCAAGGAUUGCGGCGAUGCCAGCGGCGAUAACGAUACUGGGUCUGAAGGGGGGCAGCCCAUCAAGCUCAAGUUUAAGAAUGUCGAAUUCGAGACCGCUAAAACAGGCGAAUCAAGCACACCGAAGAAGAGGGGUAGGCCAUCCAAGACAUUGCCUGGCAAUGCUGAAGUUGGGACUCUGCCUAGUAUGGAGGAAGAGGAGGAAGAAGAAGAAGAAGUCCCACGCAAGCGAGCAAAGGAUAAAAAUUAUGGGUUUCCAAAGGAUAGCCUCCUUGCGGCGUCAAGAGUGACGGCCUUUAAACACUUGGACAAGCAGUUACAAGACAAGAUACUAGACUGCGAGGACAAAUGGAAGGCGGCCAAGGAUACUAUCGAGGAAAUCCGGUAUAUACUGAAUAAAUGGAUGGAGCUUUGGGAACAUGGCAAGGUAUAA